AUGGGUCCUGGUGUUUCGUCCAGGGAUCUCGAGGCUUGCCGGAUGUCUAACGAGGCUCCGGCGGACGAUGAGGUUGCAGCCCGAGUCAGGGCGGUCGUUGCUGGCGACUUCCAGCCAAAGCAUGUCGACGGCUUCCCUAUGAGGCCUGACAAGGGAUCGAUCGACCUGGGUUCAAUCGAUGUUCGAUGUUCGAAGCCUCCGGUAAAGGGGGACGAGGUCGACCGUGACAAGCGGCGAGAGUCCGCGGAAAAGCAGAGGUCCGCAAUGGACUUAAAAAAGAAGAAGGAGAAGAAGAAGAAUCUCAAGCGCCAAGCGCUAGAGACACGCCGAGUGAAGUCUAGACAGAGGGGGGAGCCUGAGGAAGAGUCCCCCGAUGAAUACGACGGCGGCGAUGGCGACGACAACAAUGACGACUCCGAGGGGAUGGCAUCCCGUCUUGACAGGAUCCUCGAGCGUCCGCCUCAGACCGACGUCGACGCCUCGCGGACGGGAGCCCCAAAGGGGGGGCCAAGCGGGUCUCGCGACAGUCAACAGAGGGAGUCAUCCCCACGCCGCUCCCGCGCCGAUACUCCCCUAGAGCCUACGCCAAGCCGGGCUGUCCCUCACCCCCAAUCUCCUCCCGCGUCUAAGGCGGGCCACCGGGUUAAGUCCCUGGCGACGGGGCCGCUGACUCGUGGUCGCGCCGUGGCCUCGAGUAAGGGGGAAACGGAUCGCGGGAGCACCAAUCCAGGCGCUGGCCAGGCGGGAGACGCUGAGCCGAGACUGGCGCCCGCUCGCGAGGGGCCCGGAGCUUCGACGCGGGGUGGCUCGAGGCCCGCCGGUCGGGGGACCAGUAGGCGGGUCGCUCUUCCUGUGGGGUAA